CCCUCCUUCCCAUUCCCUCCCGCGCUGGCUAUAAAUAACGCAGUCCUACUGCGCUCUCCUCGCACUACUCUUCUUAGUCAAUACCUAUUAAUUUAAUUUCUUCAACUCUGAGUUAAAAAUAUGGCUGCCAAGUUUGGCGGGGAGGUGACCGCGGCGGCCAAGCAUGCGGCGGGGGAACGGGUGAGCGUCCUGACGUUGUCGGACGAGAAGAUUCAGAAGUUCUACGCCACCCAUGUCCACGGGGACGACAAGUUCGACGUCGACUCUCUGUUCGUCGUCGUCGAGAACACCCUCAAGCAUGCAACCCACAUCGUCGACAACUAUGUGCAGGGUGGUGGGCAGUCGUCGACACAUGGUGUUCUUCGUGACUUGCUGCAGGGCGCCCAAGCUAUCGUGGAACAACAAACCGAUGAAAGAGCCCCCAAAGCCAGUUUCAGUCCUCCCUUAUGCACUCUCAAGCAAAUCUCCUGCGAGCUGCAAUGCAAGCCGCCAGGCGAGGACAUUGCCCACAAGACAACGCUGGCAAUACUCAACAAGCUCUCCAACUACUCAUGGGAGGCGAAAGCGAUGCUGACCUUAGCUGCUUUCGCCCUUGACUACGGUGAGUUCUGGCUUCUUGCCCAGUCCCAGUCCUCCGACCAGCUCGCCAAGUCCCUGGCCGUUCUCCGGCCAGUGCCCGUCAUCACCAAGCCGGCCGCCCUGCAAAAGCACAAGAAAGCUCUUAUCGAGCUCAACAGCUUAAUCAGAGACACGCUUGAAGUGAUAGAGAGCAUCUUUGAGUUGGAAAAGCUCACCAGCUAUGAGCCCAAGGACAUACCCGCCUUGGCCGGCAUCGUGCACGACGUCCCCGUCCAUGUCUGCCAAGCCAUCAUCACUGUUGUCGCUUGUGCCACCCAGGUCACUUGCCUUGUUUGCGACGAGGAUGUUUUGUUAUUUCAGUGGCAAGACGCAGGUGCUGUCUCUCUACGCGCAAGGUUACGCUCUGUCCUCACCAAGCUGAAGACCCAGCUCAUGAUUUGCAAGAGGCAAUUAGAGGCGGUGGAGACUCACCGGAGGCUAAGAAAGCUUUUUCAAAUCCCCACGGAAAUCGUGAUGGUUUUCCAGUCACUAAUAUUUGGCAAGGAUGAUGCCCACCUCCUCCUCUUUGAUGGCUCAUCAAGAACAACGGUGAAAAUCGACGUAUUGAGGAGGAAGAACGUGUUGCUCUUCAUCUCCACGCUGGACAUCACCGACGAAGAGAUUCAGCUGCUCCGCCCGGUCCAUGAUGAGCUGAAGAAGCAAAGCCAGUACAAGAUCGUGUGGGUGCCGAUCGUCGACCAGUGGACGGACGAGCUCCGAAUGAAAUUCGAGAUGGUGCGGGGGAAGAUGCCGUGGUACGCUGUCAAGCACUUCUCCCUCGUCGCCGGCGUCAGGUACAUCAAGGAGGAGUGGCACUUCAAGACCAAGCCCAUCAUCGUGGUGGUCAACCCCCAAGGUAAGGUGGAGUGCUCCGAUGCCACCCACAUGAUUCGAGUUUGGGGCAUGAAGGCCUUCCCCUUCACCGUCGCCAUGGAAGCCAUCCUCGCCGGCGGAAGGGACUGGCUCGCCUAUAUUGGCAGCCACAUUCACCCUUCCAUUCCAAACUUGAUCAAAGAGAAGAAGUUCAUCUUUUUCUACGGCGGCACUGACUCCGACUGGAUCACCCAGUUCACCGCAAAAGCAAAUGCCCUCGCUGCCGACACCCUCAUCAAGGAACAGAAGAUUUCCAUCGAGCUCGUCCAGGUGGGGAAGGGUGGGAAGGGAGACAACUCCACCAUUCUGAAGCGCUUCUGGGACGGCAUAGAGAGCUUGUUCCUGACCAAGGUGGUCGGAAAGCCCGACGACGUGACCCGGGAGGUGCAGAAGCUGCUGACCUACAAGAGCGAGAGUGGGUGGGCGGUGUUCAGCAAGGGCUCCGAGGUGAUGUUCAGCGGCCACAGCACGACGGUGCUCAAGGCCCUGGAGGAGUUUGAGAAAUGGAAGGUGUUCAUCAAGGAGAAGGGGUUCGAGGUUUCGUUCAAGGGGCACCAUGAGAAGGUGGUGCGGACCAUGCACCGGUGUAGCCGCUUGGACGUGAGGGCGGCGCUGGGAGAAGUGCCGGAGGUGGUGCAGUGACCAGAUUGCCCGAGAAAAAUGGAGAUGGUCAUCAGCUAUAAGUGCUGCCAUGUCGAUGGUGCCAUUAAUGGUCUGCACUGAGAAAUAUAUAUGUUGUCCCCUAAGCUAGUCCUUUAUUGUUUUGGUUCUGCUGCUGUGUUGGUGAAGGUUUCGGUUGAUGUGUUUGUGCUUUGGGGUUGUGGUAGCGUGUUUAGUUAGAGUAAGGAUGGAGGGUCUGUUUUAUGCAGUAACUAGGUGUGUGUUUGGUUGUGUGUGAAGGUUUAGUCUUCCUUUGUAUGGAAAUGUCUGACAACGCCUCUAUUGACUUCGGCAGUGCAUGUUGUUAUAGCCGAAGCAUUAAAUAAUAAUGAAUCGAAUCAUCCGUCAGUGAUAAAUAUUAUAGUAAUAUAUGAUGGUUUGAUUUAUUCUGUUAA